AUGGCUUCUUUCCAUGCUAUGAUGCAUGGAAUUCACAUUUUAUUAGUGGAUCAUGAUGCAGAAGCUUUAAUCAAUACAGCCAAGCAACUCGAAUUGUGCCAGUACAAAGUUACAUUCGUUGAGCACGCAUCUGCUGCUAUAGCGAUGCUUGCGACCGGAAAGGCUAAAUUUGAUGUUGUGAUGGCGAACAUCGACUCUCCUGAUCUCCAUGGAUUCAAACUUCUUCAACAUGCAGUCUACAUGUGCAUCCCAGUUGUUUUGAUGUCUGAAGACGACGAUGCGUUCAUAGCCAUGAGGGCUCUCGAACAUGGAGCUUUCCUUCACAUCAAGAAGCCUAUGUCAAUGGAGUUUUCUCGAUGCUUGUGGCAACAUGUUGUGAGGGAGAAGACGAGAAUGGCAAGGGAUAGGAACAUGUUUAUGGCAUCGAACAACCUUGGACCGAUACAAGGGGUUGAGUUUAGGGAAGCGGUUCAAUUAAGGGACGAAAACCCUAACCCUAACCCUAGCAUGAAGAACAAGGGCAAAUACAAGAGUAAAGCUAGGGGUAGAAGCGACGAUUAUGGCGAGGAAUACGAUUCGGGAAGGAUGGGUCACAAGGGUAAUGUGAGGAGAAAAAUGUGUACCGAGUGGACUCAAGAACUGCAUGCCAAGUUUAUGAAUGCGAUCGAACAACUUGGUGAAGGAAGAUGUUUCCCCAAAGAAAUCCUAGAGAUGAUGAAUGAGCCGGGCUUAACAAGAAUGCAAGUGGCAAGCCAUCUUCAGAAAUGUCGAAAUGAUAACUGGCGAGCUCCAGAAGAGCGAAAAUCGACCCCACAUCCUCAACAGGCAAGUUCGAGUGGGAGUGGACCCCAAUCAAAGCCACGAAGAUUCGGUUCAAAACCCCUACCCUUAUCGGAGACCCAAACACCAAGCAAAAUGGGAAAUGGAUCAAUCCCUGCAUCUGAUGACUACUUACAUUUUCUGGAUAUGGAUAGCCUCACCCCUACCACCAACCAACAGAAUUGUGGCGAAGCAACUUCCCAGAGCAAGAGCGCGUGGAGUUCCGACACAUCAAAUCUGGACAGCGAUCACUCUGAAACUAAAGCCAAACCUUAA